AUGUCGAUGGCAACGUUGAAUCAGAAAGCUUCUGUAACGACGUCGUCACUUGCAAAGCGGCAAGCGUCGGAGAAUGUCGUCGGCAAAUCAAUGGCUUUGCCGCCUCACUUGGACAAGAAAUGUCUUGCUCUCGCUAACGUCACGAUGCAACGACUCACCUCUUUUAAACUAUUAUGGGGUUUUCAUUUUAUUCAUUAUAUCGCAAAUCAUGUAAUUUAUGUUCUGUUCUUCAUGUUGCUUCUAAUAUCUUUAAUCACCUCCAUUGGUUCUGCUCGAUAUACAGACUCAAAACAAACAGUUAAAGAAUGGUGGUACCUUAAGUUACUCGAAGAUACAAAUGCCUCUUUUGAUCCUGAUAAACCACUGAUCUCUGGGUUUCUUCAAUUCUUGAGAGCACUCAUAUUGUAUGGUUACUUGAUCCCAAUCUCCCUUUACGUCUCCAUUGAAGUAGUGAAGUUCUUACAAGCAAUGCUCAUAAACAAUGACCUCCAACUGUUCGAUGAAAUGUCUGGGAAAUCAGUUUAA